AUGGAUGCUAAUUCUUCAUCAUCUUCCAUGUUACAACGACAAAGACACAAUGAUCCCAUUUGGCGUUGCUGUGGUCGACUGGCAGUAGCCAUAGCAGCGUUUGGGUGUUUGUAUGUCAUGGCAACAUUGCCCGUAGCUACGGCUGCCCCUGCUGCUGCACAGCUGGUCGCUCGAGACGAAAUUGAAUCUUUUGAAGUUUCACCCUUUUCCAACUUUACCGAACGUGUCACCGAGAUACAACACGAUGGCAAUGACGGCCGCUUCUUGGUGAUGGGCGACAUUCAUGGCUGCCUUGACGAAUUCAAUGAGCUCGUUAACAAGAUGCAAUACCAACAAGGCCGCGAUCGCUUGGUGUUAUUGGGGGAUCUUACCGAUAAAGGACCUGACAGCUUGGGUGUGGUGCGUCGUGCACGUGAACUAGGUGCCAUGUGUGUACGUGGUAACCAUGAUGACAAGGUGAUCCGUAUUGCUUCGUACUUGAGAAGUCAUGGUGGUCGUAGUGGUGAUGGUGAUACACAACACGCUUCGAAGGAUGAGGAGGAUGAGGAGGAGAAGAAAGGCAAGGCGCUUCCUGAAGGACAUGUUCAUGAUGACAUUAAAUGGACAAAUCACCAUUUUGGCAUUGCAGAGCAAUUGGAUGAUGAAGAUUACGAGUAUUUGCAACAAUGUUCAUUGAUCAUGUCGCUACCCGAUCGACACAGCAUACUAGUGCAUGCAGGCUUGGAUCCUAAUAUCAAGAGCUUGGACGAGCAAGACCCUUACUAUGUCAUGAACAUGCGUUCCUUGGACAAAGAUGGACAUCCCGUAAAGCAUAAAAAGGAUGGCAAGAUGCGAUGGUUUGAUGCAUGGAAUGAAUAUGGCCCAUCCGAAAAGGUGUACUAUGCCCAUGCAGCUUCGAGUGGUCUACAAAUCAACGGCAGAACUUAUGGCAUCGAUACAGGAUGCGUCUAUGGCGGACAAUUGACUGCAUUAGACAUAGAUACGCACAAACUAUACCAAAUUCAAUGUCCACAGUAUACCGAGCAUGAUUAG